CGCUGUUCCGCUGAGGGCUCGUGCCCCUGCUCUUUUCCCUUGGAAACCCCGUGCGCGAGCUGCCAACGCCCGGCGCAGAGAAACAAACAGAGCGGAAUACGAUCUUGAAUGAGAAGAGUAGACGGUUAAACAAAAACAAAGCACAGUUAUGCAGACGAUCAAGUGCGUUGUGGUUGGCGAUGGUGCCGUUGGUAAAACCUGCCUAUUAAUCUCCUACACAACUAACAAAUUCCCUUCUGAAUAUGUACCAACGGUCUUUGAUAACUAUGCAGUCACAGUUAUGAUUGGUGGAGAACCCUACACCUUGGGACUGUUUGAUACUGCAGGUCAGGAAGAUUAUGAUAGAUUACGACCUCUGAGUUACCCCCAAACUGAUGUCUUUUUAGUUUGUUUUUCCGUCGUUUCUCCUUCUUCGUUCGAAAACGUCAAAGAAAAGUGGGUACCGGAGAUCACCCACCACUGUCCAAAGACUCCCUUCCUGCUUGUGGGGACGCAAAUCGAUCUGAGGGAUGACCCCUCCACCAUCGAGAAGCUUGCAAAAAACAAACAGAAGCCAAUCACUCCGGAGACGGCAGAGAAGCUGGCUCGAGACCUGAAAGCAGUCAAGUAUGUGGAGUGCUCCGCUCUCACGCAGAGAGGUCUGAAGAAUGUAUUUGACGAAGCUAUCCUAGCUGCUCUCGAACCGCCCGAAACGCAGAGAAAAAGGAAGUGCUGUAUAUUCUAAAGUCUCGCUUUCUCUCUUUCUUACGCCUAACUUCUCCCUCAGAUGUUUUGCUGCUUCCUAGUUUACCUCUUGCUCCUGAUUGCUGACAAAAUAAGCCCAUUUUUAUGUUUCUUGCUUCAUAUUAUUGAAGUGUUUUUUUUUUUUUUUUUUUUUUUUUUACAUCUUUCUGUGUGCAAUCAUUUAACUCAAGAUUUCUUUCUUUUUUUUUGCAUUUACAUCUCCUCUUGUAUUAAAUGGAGGUUGUUUUGUCCUCUCCAGUUAUGGAGAAUUACAACUGCACUAUUGUUAGUCUGGUGACCCUUUAUUUAUUUAUUUAUUUUUUUUUUUUUUUUCCAUUGAACCCUGUAACAUUGAUUACGUAGGUCACAUGCCUCUUUAUUUCUGCUAUAAGAUUGGGCGGAGCCAAAGAGGUACACUUAUCAAGCAGCUGAAACAAAUGCAUUGCGCUCAAGUCUUUUCCUCUUCAUUCCUUAUUUCAGUGUAUUAUUUUAUACUGUAUCAUAUGAAAUUCUGAAAAUAAUAUUAAAGCUACACCUUAUGAUCAGGUGACACUGAUUAGAUGCACCGUAUGGGAUUUCCUUAUCUUGUGAAAUUAUUUGUCAUUAAUAAAGGUCAGCUAAAAUUGCCAU